AUGGAGUUCCUAAUUGUAACGACAAUUUUUUCUCUUCUUCUUUUCCUACUUUAUAUCAUCAACAAAAAGAGGGCUAAGAUAGGGGCGGAUCCAAAGCCACCUCAAGCCAAAAAUGCAUGGCCUGUAAUCGGACACUUGCACCUUCUAGGUGGAUCUCAGCUCCCUCACAAGGUUUUAGGCGACAUGGCGGAAAAAUAUGGCCCUAUCUUCACCAUCAAGCUUGGUUUUCACCAAGCUUUGGUGGUGAAUAACGCGGACUCAGCCCGCGAAUGCUUGACCAAAAACGACAAGGCCUUUGCAAGUCGACCCAAAGCACUGGCUUUUGAACUUAUGGCCUAUAACUAUGCCGUGUUUGGAUUUAGUCCCUAUGGGGAUUACUGGAGACAACUUCGCAAGAUUGUGAUGCUCGAAGUUCUUUCUCAACGCAGAGUUGAGAUGCUUGAACAUCUUCGAGUUUCAGAACUUAGAUCGUCAAUAAAAAGUAUAUAUGAUGUUUGGUUAACAAACAAAGAGAGUGGAAAUUCAGGUAUGGUGAAGGUUGACAUGAGUCAUUGGUUUGGAGAACUGGUAUUAAACAUUAUGGUUAGGAUUAUAUCAGGAAAGAGGUUUUCUCCUAAUGACAAAGAAGGGGUUAGAUUUCAGGUGGUUAUUAGAAAAUAUUUUGAAUUAUUGGGUGCCUUUGUGGCAUCUGAUUACAUCCCUUUUCUCAAGUUUUUCGAUGUGGGUGGAUACAAAAAACGCAUGACAAAGACGGCGAAUGAAGUGGACGAAUUCAUCGAGGGAUGGCUCGAGGAGCAAAAAGCUAAAAGAGAAUCAGUUCCACCACAUGAAGGCAAUCAAGUUUUAAUAAAUGUGUUAAUUAACAUUCUUGAAGGUGCUUCUGAAACGGAAUUUCCAAAAGGUUUUGACCAUGAUACAAUUAUCAAAUCCACAUGCCACCAACUCCUAACAGCAGGCUUGGACACGACAUCUGCAACUCUAACAUGGGCAUUGUCAUUACUACUUAACAAUCCAAAAGCACUAGAAACUGCCCAAGCAGAAAUUGAUAAGCAUGUUGGAAGGGAAAGACUAGUGGAGGAGUCAGACAUGAAGAACUUAGUCUACCUUGAAGCGAUCAUCAAAGAAACAUUGCGUUUGUACCCUGCUGCACCUCUCUCGGUGCCUCAUGAGUCCGUAGAGGAUUGCAUUGUGGGUGGCUACAAUAUCCCAAAAGGCACCCGUCUUCUGGUAAAUAUUUCAAAGAUUCAUCGUGACCCAAAUACUUGGUCGAAUCCCCACGAGUUUCAGCCAGAAAGAUUCUUGACAAGUCAUCAGAAUGUUGAUGUGAAGGGAAAACAUUUUGAUUUGAUUCCAUUCAGUAGCGGGAGAAGAAUGUGCCCUGGUGGUGUCUUGGCUCUUCAUGAGUUACGUAUAACAUUAGCUACUUUGAUGCAACUGUUUGUUCUGAAACCGACAUCAAGCGAACCAACUGACAUGAGUGAAAGCUUUGGAAUUACUAUUUGCAAAGAAAUGCCACUUGAGGUUCUUCUUGCCCCUCGUUUAUCGUCUGGCAUUAUGUAUGGUGUUGGUGGAUGAUUUAUCAGCUUCAAAGUAUGCAGUCCUUGUAUGUUAACAUGUGAUUCAUUCUUCUUUCACGUGUUUUAACAUGGAUGUUUCCGUUGGGAGUUGAGUCAAGAGGUUGUGCUGGUUUAUCGCUUCGUUUGGUAGCUUAUGGUUCAACUUUUCAUUUGAAUAAGUCUGUUUUGAAGUCCGGGUCUGGUGCUUGUUUACGUUGGUUGUUUUCCCUAUUUAAGAUGUAUCUGCUGCUACUUUUGAUGUAUGCUUUUCAGUUUGAUCAAUAAAAAGAAA